UCGAUCUGAUAGCUAAUCGGAUCCAGAUAGAAGUGGUCCAAGGGACCAAACCCAAAUAAGUCUGCCACCCAACCACGUGGCCGUUUGGUUCCAGUUGUGACGGGUUCAGUGACUCAAACUGGUCCGAGUCCCGAUCAACCACCAGCCCUCGGCAACCCCAAAGGCAGCCUCUUCCAUUCUUCCCCACCUUUCAACUCGCCCCUCGCUCGCGUCCGAGACGCCCCCCACUUGUCGCGUCUUCGCCAUGCAACCCACCACGCAUCAGAUCCCCCCGCCAGUCACGUGCGCCUCCACGCCUCACAUUUCUUCGCUCCUAUAUGUAUCUCGUCCAUUUCUGUGGCUCCGAAGAAGACGGAGGAACAAAAUAUGGCGGAGUACGGGAUUGAUCAAUCUUACCGGCAGGGCGACCAGCAGCAGGUGGUGGUGAAGGCGGUCAUCGCAGCGGUGGCGGGGAUGUCGUUGCUGGUGCUAUCGGGGCUGACGCUGGCGUGGACGGUCAUCGCGCUGGCGGUGGCCACGCCGCUGCUGAUGAUCUUCAGCCCGGUGCUGGUCCCCGCCGCGAUCGUCGUCCUGCUGCUGGCCGCAGGCUUCCUGGCAUCUGGCGGGCUGGGGGUGGCGGCGCUGGCGGUGCUGUGGUGGAUGUACAAGGACCUGACGGGGAAGCAGCCGCCGGGGGUGGAGCUGCUGGAGCAGGUUCGGCAGCGUCUGGUGUCCAAGGCCCGUGACAUCAGGGAGUCGCUGCAGCAGCAGCAGCAGCUGCACGAGGCCACCCAGUGAUCAUCGAGGAUCAUCGAGAAUAGUACGAUCAUGUCAUAGAUACUAAGAUGUCACCUAAGAAGAACCUUUGACCAGUCGUUCAUGCGUGUCUUCCAACUCUCUCUCUCUCUCUCUCUCUCUCUCUCUCUUGCGUCUUUGUUGGCUUGGAUUUGUAAUAAAACGUGCCUGUGUGCAUGCGUGGAAUCAAUCAAAGAAUGGGUCGUGGUGGCGGAAUCAACGUCGCCAAGAGAGGCAGCUUGACUGACAUCAAGACUAGGAUUCAAGUGUGCGUAGAUCGGCCACCACUCCCGGAUCAGUAUCCAUGUCAAUCCUCCAAGAGGGCGUGUGUGUGGAUGUAUACACGACGAGGAUAUUGUUGUUCCCUUAUUUAAAGUCAAGUUUUGAAUUAAUGUCCCCUGAGAACUCAAUGUAAGGCAGAAUUAUUUAGUUUAAUGAAUCCCUUGUAUA